AUGUCCUCCACCGAAAACAUCUACUUCUACAACCCAUCCCUCGCUGCCUCCAUUCUCUUCACGAUCCUCUACUUCCUCCCCCUCCUCUACCACAUUUACAUGACCUUUCUUGUUCCCCGAGCCAACAAGUCCCACCGACCGGGCUCCUUCAUCCCAAUUCUCAUCGGCGCCCUCCUCGAAGUCGCCGGUUACGCGAUCCGAUGCGCCAGCAUCAAGCAACCCACCAACAUCCCCCUCUACGCCACCUCCGCGACAUUAAUUGUGAUCGCCCCCGUCUUCGUCUGCGCCAGUCUCUACGUCCUCACAAACCGACUGAUCCAGAGCAGCCCCGUUGGCGAAAAGCCCCGCUCCAGCUGUCUCCCCAUCUGCGUUCCAUUAUCCUGGCUUCCCCGGAUCUUCAUCACAUUGGACAUAAUUAGCUGUCUAACGCAGGGAUCUGGAAGCGGGAUCGCAUCCGCGGGGGACUGGGAAGGCGACGAGAAAGAUACGGGCGUGGGCGUGCUGAUCGGCGGACUGGUGUUGCAACUCGUUACGUUUAGUGGGUUUUUGGUCAUCGUGGGAUCGUUUCACGGUGGGAUGAAGGUGCAAGGCAAGGAGGUGGAUGGGGGAGUGAGGAUGAUGUUGAAGGGGGUUUAUAUUGCGGGCUUCUUUAUCAUGGUCCGGUCUAUUUACCGGGUUGUUGAAUUCGCUAUGGGCAUCGAUGCUUAUGCGUUCAAUCAUGAAUGGCCGCUGUAUGUGCUCGAGGCCGUACCGAUGGUGACAGGAGAAAUGAUGUGGAAACGGAUAGAAGACAGAGGAGCUGAGUUGGGUGUGGAGAUGGGUGAGAGUGAUAUUUCAGAUGCUUUGAUUGCGUUUUCAUUUCGUAGUGCGGUUGUGGGGGUUUUGGUCUGUUGA